CCAGCGUGGGUGGCUGAAAUCUCCCCGGUAACGGGAUCUGCCUCUCCCGGCCUCCGCCCUUAACCUGCUGCCCCUCCGUCUGGCACCUGCUGUCCAGCUCUCAGUCCCUCCUCCUGGUCCCUCCCUCGCCCUCCUCUGCUCCCCCCUCUGCUGGCUCUCCAUGUCACCAUCUGUGGCACAAUCCUUCUCUGUCACUGUCCCUACCACCCCCUCUUUCUCCUUCCUCCUGCCUCCCUCUGUCCCUGCCUUUUUCUGCAUCUCUCACAGCUCCUCCGUCCGUCCAUCCAUUCUCUCCUCUCCUCUUUCCUCCUCCGUCCCUUCUCCUUGCCAGCAUCUCUCCUUACUCCCCCUCAUUCUGCCUUUCCACCCACACACUGUCUCCUAUCCCUCCCUUCUCCCUCUCCACCUCCGACCCACCCCCCCUUCCUUAUUUUCUCUUGGCAUCCUAUGUCCCCUGCUAUCUCACAUUCCUGUCACCUUGGGAAGUACCUCCUGCCACCCCCAACUGGGUGCCAUCUGAGGACCCCCAUCCUGUGUCCUACACCCUCCACGUGUCCUGGAGAUGGGGGGUGACGUACCAGGUGAAGGUGGCAAGUCAGGACCGAGGACCAGAUGGGAGAGGCAAUGUGAGCUGACGUGGCCGCUAAGGGCCUAGGAAGGGCCCAAGCCCACGAAUGCCGGAGGAGUGGGCACCAUGUGAGACCCAGCUGGCUGUGCUCUAAUGGUACCUGGCUGCAGAAUGUUACCCAGCCUGUGGACUACAAAGGGAGCUCUUGCUCUGUGGGCAGAAUCUUGGAGCCUCCAUACAGCAGAAUGUCAAAACUGAACCAAACCAGAUGCAAGCUGCUGUCUGGCCUCCUGGGCCUGUGUGGCAUCGCUCCUGAGCUCCCCUUCGUGCUGGAGUGGUGCAUCUGACAAGCCUCUUCCACCUCUGCGUCAACCCUGGGAGGCUUGUCUGGAAGGAGAAGAGAUCCUGCCACACACCCUCACAUUCACAGUCGUCCUUCCAGGCGGGGCUGUAGGUCAGGAACCCCAGUGCGAUGGCCCAGAGGUGCUGAGAUCUCUGACUCCCAGGAGAGGAGGUGCCAUCAGCUUGCUGCCAUUCUGUUUGGAAUUAGAAAUCCGAGGGAAGUUCUGGCCUCUGCUAGAAAAGACCCAUCACCUUACCGGGCUGUGCAGAGAACACAAGUUUCUCAUCGGGUCCUGAGCUGGCACAUAGCUAGGACUAGGCGGUUACUGACCGGCUCCUCCUCAGCCAUGGCCACUGCUGCCUACCUUUCAUCGGUGCCCACAACCUCGGACCCUGGGAACACAUCCUCAUCCUGGCCCCUGGACACCACCCCGGGGAAUGCAUCUGCUGGUGCCAGCCUGGCCGGCCUGGCCGUGAGUGGCAUCUUGAUCUCCCUGGUGUACCUGGUGGUGUGUGUGGUGGGUCUGCUGGGCAACUCGCUGGUGAUCUACGUGGUCCUGCGGCACACGGCCAGCCCAUCCGUGACCAGCGUCUACAUCCUCAACCUGGCACUGGCCGACGAGCUCUUCAUGCUGGGGCUCCCCUUCCUGGCUGCCCAGAACGCCCUGUCCUACUGGCCCUUCGGCUCUCUCAUGUGCCGUCUGGUCAUGGCCGUAGAUGGCAUCAACCAGUUCACCAGCAUCUUCUGCCUCACCGUCAUGAGCGUGGACCGCUACCUGGCGGUGGUGCACCUGACACGCUCGGCCCGCUGGCGCACGGCGCCCGUGGCUCGAGUGGUCAGUGCGGCCGUCUGGGUGGCCUCGGCCGUGGUGGUGCUGCCGGUGGUUGUCUUCUCCGGGGUGCCUCGGGGCAUGAGCACGUGCCACAUGCAGUGGCCAGAGCCGGCGGCCGCCUGGCGAACGGCUUUCAUCAUCUACACGGCCGCCCUGGGCUUUUUUGGACCCCUGCUGGUCAUCUGCCUGUGCUACCUGCUCAUCGUGGUGAAGGUGCGCUCGGCCACGCGGCGGGUGCGGGCGCCCUCGUGCCAGUGGGUGCAGGCCCCCGCGUGCCAGCGGCGGCGGCGUUCUGAGCGCAGGGUCACGCGCAUGGUGGUGGCUGUGGUGGCGCUCUUUGUCCUCUGCUGGAUGCCCUUCUACUUGCUCAACAUUGUGAACGUGGUGUGCCCGCUGCCGGAAGAGCCCGCCUUCUUUGGCCUCUACUUCCUGGUGGUGGCCCUGCCCUACGCCAACAGCUGCGCCAACCCCAUCCUCUACGGCUUCCUCUCCUACCGCUUCAAGCAGGGCUUCCGCCGGAUCCUGCUGAGACCGUCACGUCGCGUGAGGAGCCAGGAGCCCGGGUCCGGCCCUCCGGAGAAGACUGAGGAGGAGGAGGACGAAGAGGAGGAAGAGAGAAGGGAAGAGGAGGAGCGGAGGCUGCAGAGGGGAAAGGAGAUGAACGGAAGGGUCAGCCAGAUCGCACAGCCUGGCACCAGCGGCCAGCCUCAGCAACAGCCCAGCACAGGCACUGCCAAGGAGCAGCAGUUUCUACCCCAGGAGGCCACAGCUGGGGACAAAGCCAGCACCCUGAGCCAUCUGGCUCCAGAUGAUGUAAAUGGCUGUCGUGGAGGCACAGCCACUGCCCCAGGCUGGGCCAGGACUCCACGUCCUCCUCCUCCAGAGAUGGCCCUUCUGGUCCCAGCAAGGCUGGCCCUGGAGUGGUUUGCAGCUUCUGCCUAAACCCCCACCCUGCCCUGUGGAGGCAGGGUCCUCAGGGAACCCACAAAUCCAGAAGUUAGGAAACCUGGCUCUUCUAUUCACCUCAAGCGGCUUGCCCAGGCCCUCCCUCUCUGGGCCUCAGGAUCCUCGCCACGGAGUGGAUGUGGUUCCCCAGUUAGCCAGUCUGCUGGAUUCCAGGGGAGAACGGUGUCGUGCUGGACAAGCCGCUGCUCAUCGCCAUGGGGCCGCCUCCACAACAGAGCGGAGGUGCGCCCACCUCAGGCCCAGCCCACACCCGCCUCCAUGUGUGGCCUCCAUGAGUGGCCUCCGUGUCAGCUACUGGUGUAAAGGUAUUCGUGAGAAAUGCGGUUCAGGUGGUCAGAGGCCAAGGGUCAGGGAGAAUGCAGGCCACCCCAGGAGGAGGGAGUUUGCAGACUCAGGCACAUGUGGGGCCUGAGGCCCAGUUCUGGGUUCCUCUGAGGAGCAGCUUGGGUGGCUCAACCUUCCUGGAUGGGCCAGGGGAGCUGUGUCUUGCAAAGGGAGGUGGGUGGCCACUGGGAGAGCCUCCGCUGCUUCUGACUGUAGCACUUGUCAAAAAAGACAGUGCUGCAGGCCAUUUCCUCUGCAUGUCCUGAUGACCACGUGUGCAGUUGUGUGGCUUCCUUUUGUAUGGCUUCCUAGUCCUUCAAGGGUCAAACAGACAACCUUAAAAGCCUGAGCCUAAGGGGGCUGGAGAGACGGCUCAGCAGUUAAGAGCACCGUCCGCUCUUCCAAAGGUCCUGAGUUCAAUUCCCAGCAACCACCUUGGUGGCUCACAACCAUCUGUAAUGAGAUCUGGUGCCCUCUACUGGUGUGUACGCGUACAUGCAGGCAGAGUACUGUAUAAAUAAUAAAUAAAUAAAUCUUAAAAAAAAAA